AUGUCAGGACCGAGGCCCGUGGUGCUGAGCGGCCCCUCCGGAGCAGGGAAGAGCACUCUGCUGAAAAGGCUGAUGAAGGAACACGAGGGCGUCUUUGGAUUCAGUGUGUCACACACAACAAGAAACCCUCGACCAGGAGAGGAAGAUGGCAAAGGGCUGAACAAGCUCCCCAUGCUUCUGGGGGCUACUUUACUGCCCGUAGCAGACGUCUUAUCCUCUGAAGACUUAGAAAUGUCAACUUCAUUUUCGUGUCCAAACGAAUCAGAAACCACAGAUAAAGACUACCACUUCACAACGAGGGAGACCAUGCAGGAGUGGAUUGACAACGGAGAAUUCAUCGAAAAUGCAGAAUUUUCCGGCAACAUGUACGGCACAAGUAAAGCUGCCGUAGAAGACGUGCAGGCCCAGAACCUAAUCUGCAUCUUAGAUGUGGACAUCCAGGGGGUGAAGAGGAUUAAAGAGACUGACCUUAACCCCAUCUACAUCUCCAUCCAGCCUCCCUCCAUGGAUAUCCUGGAAAAACGUCUGAGGGACAGGCAGACUGAAACAGAGGAGAGCUUACAGAAACGUCUGGAGGCAGCUCGCAUCGAUAUGGAGCUCAGUAAGGAGCCCGGAGUGUUUGAUAUAGUCAUCAUCAAUGAUGACUUAGAGAAGGCCUAUGAGGAGCUUAAAGCUAUCCUUAACGAAGAAAUCCAAAAGGUUCAGGAAGCCAAAUCAUAA